AUGCCGCUCUCCGUGGUCUCCCUGGACGGCGCCACCGUGACCUCCGUGCCUGACGCCCCUCGCGUGGCAGAUCUGCGGGCGGCGGUGACCAAGGCUUGCGCCAGAGACGGCUUCGACCUGGUCUUCCGGGGCCAGGUGCUCGAGGACCCGGAUGUGGUCCUCGAGGAUGAGCCGGUCUUCAUCAUUUGGCGGCCCCGGAGGAUUCUCACGGCCAGCGGGCAAAGCGUGGCGCUCUUCCAGGAAGAUCAGCUCCUCUAUCGCAGGACCUUCCCCACCUUGGUGUCGGCGUGCCUGUCCCCCACCCGCGCCCACUGGUUGGCAAGCAGCAGCUCAGCCAUCUCCGUGCACGACACGGAGACAGGGGAGGAGGUGCUGCGCGUGCCCCAGCGCCCGGGUCAGAAGGCCAUCUUCUCCAGGCAUUCUCACCCCUGGGGCACCAGCUUCGCUUAG